GGACCGUCUGACAAGCUUGCAGCUUUUAAAAGGUAAUCACGCCCAGAAGGCACGCUGACGGAACACACAGGAGAGAAAAAGAUCUCUUCACGUUCUAAGACUAGGAAAAUACUUCAUUUUUUUCAUUGAGGAUUUAACAACGUCCAGUACAACAUUCACAAACAGACUACGACAAAGGAAUUUUGUGGGGAAGUGAGUAUUCUUCAGCAUGCCAACGUUCUUAUUCUCUUCCAACUGAAAUGCAAACAAGUGGAUUGUUGCAGGCUAUUGCACAAACUGUUUCUUUGACCAGAGAUGACUGAAGAGAGUUCCUCCACUCUGUAAAUGUUCCAGAAUCCCCUAGUUGAUCUAAACAUGUUUAACAGCACCCUAAAGACACUGGGUGCCACUCAUACAUUUAUGAAGUGCAACAAAAGUGAUGACUUCAAGUACCCUCUGUACAGCGCAGUUUUCAGCGUGGUGUUUAUAGUGGGAUUCUUCUUCAACAUGGUGGCCGUCUACAUAUUUGGGUGCACCCUGAAGUUGAGGAACGAGACCACGACGUACAUGGUGAACCUCGUCGUUUCAGACUCUCUCUUUGUCCUCAGCCUGCCUUUUCGGAUAGUCUACUUCAUCAAGCGCGAAUGGUUGUUUGGGAGGGUGCUCUGCAAGAUUUCCGUGGCACUUUUUUACACCAACAUGUAUGGCAGCAUCCUCUUCCUAACCUGCAUCAGCGUUGACCGCUUUCUGGCCAUUGUGCACCCAUUCCGAUCCCAGGCCAUAAGGACAAAGCGGAAUGCCAAACUGGCAUGUCUUACAGUGUGGGUGUUAGUUCUUUCUGGAAGUAUACCCACCGGAUUCCUUCUGGACACCACUUCACUCAAAAACGUCAACGCCUCUUCAAACUACUGCUUUGAAAACUACUCUAACAAGCAGUGGCAGUUUAAGCUGUCCAAAGUGGUGGUAUUUAUUGAGACAGUCGGCUUCAUCAUCCCGCUGAUGGUCAAUGCCUUCUGCUCGGUGAUGGUUCUACAGACUUUGAAGAAACCCCAGACCAUCAGCCGCGGAAGCAUCAACAAAGCAAAAAUAUUGAGGAUGAUCGUUGUGCAUCUGCUCAUCUUCUGCUUCUGUUUCAUCCCCUACAACGUCAAUCUCAUAUUUUACUCUCUGGUCCGCUCGAAAGUUCUCAAGGGAUGUGAAGCAGAACACGUGGUUAGAGCCAUCUACCCUAUUGCACUGUGCAUUGCUGUGACCAACUGCUGCUUUGAUCCAGUGGUUUACUACUUCACUUCAGAAACCAUUCAGAGCUCCAUCAAACGCAAGUCUAAGGUGUGGCACAACGGCGUUAAGCUUCUGGACAGAUUACAGGGCGACAGUCGGCAGAACAGCCCAAAUUCAACACCAAAAAACCUGGCCCUGAGGUCUCUAAAAUCUCAGAAGUUCUCAGGCACAAAUACUAUAUAGUCUUCUGAAAACUCAAGCAUCUGAUGCCAUAUAAAAUUGAUGGCUGUUGGUGAGCCAGAAAAUUAUAUGGGAUGUAUGAAUGGACACCAAUAACUGGGAUUUAAUUACAUUGACAGUAAUAAAAAUGAGGAUCAAUAUCAUUGUCAUGGUGACAAAACAAAUGAAAUCAUUUUCUCCUGACUUGCAUGAAUCAUUUGGACACUUUCAAACAAGUAUCAGUGUUUACACAUUAUGAUGUUGUUCUGAAACCAGUAUUUAAAGCUGUUUUGAUGUACUCAGUAGUUUCCAGGUCUUUCAUUCAGGCACUUCAUUGAG